AUGAGUGUCAAACGCGGUAGGCCUCGUGAUCUUGACAAAUGUCAAAAAAUUAACACAUGUAUAUUAUCAUUUAAGGAUGAUAUAGUUUGCGGUGAUUCAGUUGCAUCUAAAUCGAACAAUGUGUGGCAAACAUUAUCCGCUCAAACAGGGUUAUCCGCAUCGGCCCUUUAUAGCCGAGUGAUCUGUAAUCGGUAUGGCAUCCGAGACGAACUCUUCGGAUUAUCAGACGAAAAACAUGAGGACGACCACCCUAUUGACGAUACAAUUGACUCGGUUAAUUCAUCUUGCCCUGAUAGAAGCAACAAUUUAUUAAUUUGCUUCGGACCGGAUGAAUUUAACCAAAUGACGGAGAGAAAUACAUAUUCUUCAAAAGACGCAAGACGACGCAACAAGAAGCGAGAAGUGCUGCACUUCAAACCCGGUGUAUGGGAGGUUGCAGUGAAUGAUCGCCUGUAUGCGAUGUACAAAAUUUCAUGUGGAUUUCACUUCAGGAAACACCACCUGUCAUCAGAACGAGGAGCCGGCUCGUUCUCGGGGUAUUGUAAGUGUGGCAGUGAAAUCGAGGGAAUAAUAAGUGAUAUCGGAAAAAGUACAGUUAAUGUGAGCUGUCUGAUAACGCGGGGUACUGGUAAAUGUGGCAAACGAUAUUGUCGCGCCCCUGAGCGAGAAGAUAUUGGGAAUGAGUUACAUGCAAAAAAUAUUGCUCCGUCAACAUUUCGAGCUCUCCGUGCGAAGGAAAAAAUGGUAAAAUGCAGUGAUCCUGAACCGGGCACUCUUUACAGUGCAUCGAUGUAA